CUCGCCCUCUGCGUCGCGAAGGCGCGCUGCAACGUCUAAGGUAGGCGGGGGGAUGCACCAUGCCGUCGACGUGGUCGUCCCGCUUGCUCUCUGCAGCAGGAAGCAGCUCAGCUGUGCCGUCAUCAGCCUCCGGGCCCUCGAACUCCAACCACCCGUACAGUCGCAAUAAGUCCCUACCGCGACCACCAAACGACUUCCUCGAGCCUCCGACGCUGUCUCCCACGCGCCCACAUGCACAGGCCCCGCGCCAGCAUGCUCACAGUCGCUCCGCGAGCCACCCGCUGCCUAAGUUGUUUGGUCGAAAGAAGAGCACUGGGGCCUUUCACGACACCGAUGUGCCUCUCGACGACGAGUUAGUACCUGUAUUGGACGAAGCGCCGCCGAGCAAGCCUACACGAGUGAUCUCAAGCAAGAGAAACCAGGUGGAUGAAGAUGGCAAGGCCACACGAGUAUGCAUGUGUUGCGACAGCAAAUGCAAGGUACCCUCGGCGCUGCUGAGGUUCCGCUGCCUAUGCUGUCUGACCAUCAAUGAUCUCCAGCCCGCAGAACAGCGGCCUGCAGAGGACAAGGGCAGAUCUCGCCCUCACCCCACAACUACCGAGCCAGCACGACCUCUGCCAACUGCCGCUCCAGUCCCAAUCUCGUUCGAAGAAACGCGGGCGAUCAUCGACAGAUGUGUGCUUACAUAUCUCGAGGCGCGAUGUCGUCGGCGGACGGGCGAUGCUACAGGUACACAGCGACCACCGUCUCCAACGGAGAAUGUGCUCGGUCGUGACCAACUCUCAGCUGCUCUCGCUUCCAACUCUCCCGCCCAAGAAAUAAAGGCAUACGAAUUUGCAGAUACGCCGGUUUCGAAGCCCCUGCCAGGCAACUCCCAGAAAACAAUUGCAACUCCUUUGCCCAAGGCUACCAUCCGCGACUAUGCCGACUUCGAGCAAUUUAGCGGCUCUCGAAUAGAAACGCCUCCUGAGCAAUAUCCCUCUGCACAUAGUGGACCUGGACCACCGAGGCUGACUCCCCGGAAGCCAGUGCCGAUACCAGCGAGACCAGAUCGCAGGCCGCCUCCUCCGCCUGUGCAGACGCCGAAUAGGCGGCCGUCAAACAACCUAUUAGCACCUACGAACGGAAUUCUGACCCCUGGUGAACGAAACAACUCCCCCAGACAGCAACAAAGCCCCCGCCCCACAACCGGAGAAGUGGAGCAGCGGCGCGAAUAUGAUCGCGUCAAAACCAUUUUUAGGCCACUCGAGGACUACCUUGUCACCAGCUUUGGUGAUUUUCAGUGCCUAAAUGGCUCGUUCAGCACCACGCGGCCAAGUAUAAAUGGUCGCACGCGCAGUGAAAGCGAGAUCAAGGUCCCAUCUCGGGAGGCGGCGACCGACAACUGGAACUCCAGCCCAAUGGACGGCCUGUCAGAAUUGGAUGCGAAGACAUUAUUGCUAGGAGAUAUUGGGGAGAAUGGUAGUUGGUGGACUGGCCGACUGGCGAGCAAAGAGACUGACAAGGCAGUGCGACGCAAGAGAGUUGGCGAGGGGUCACGCAAACUGGUCAGCGCAAGAUCGCCGAAUAUCAAUUGGGUGGAGCUUGCGUCUUGGUACGGCGCGAUACACUCUGCGGGUCAAGAGUGGCAGACACUGGGAGAUAGCGUUCAACGCGAGAGUCCGGAACUCUACGAUACUUGCCUAGGGAAUGAGAUGAACAAGAAAGAGAUUGAAGAGGAUCUGUCUGACGCUAGAGAACAUGCUAUCAGGACGUUACUGAAGAUCACAGAGAACAUGCUCAAAAGGCCUACUCGACCGUUGAAGGAGCCUGAAGAUUUGAGAUGGCUGCUUAUCAUGCUCGCAAAUCCGUCAUUGUAUCCGUCGACGAAGCCACAACGUACACGAUCCGGUCGUAGCCGGGGUCUCGACCGCUCUACAUCCGACAGGUUUGCUGGGAAAGCACCAUCAAGUCCUGUCAAGCCGGCCCAUGGAAAAUCGCCUGGUCGCACUGGCAGCCAGCACAACGGGCUGCUCAAGCGUAUCUUUGGCCUCCUGGCGCACUCGCCGGAAAGCUGCCAUCGGCAUCUGAUCUCCUGGUACUCGCGCUUCGACGAAGAGCUCUUUGUCAAGCAUGUGGAUUUGGUAGCCAGUUUUGUCACCUACAGAAUCGAUCGCCGGUCCGGGAGACCUCGCGGUAAGAGUGGAGUUGCUGAGGCUGGUACAACACAUGAGCUUUCAGGGAGGUCCAGGAAUACCACGGCACAGUUGCAUGCCGCGCUGGGAUUUGGCGGAUCUAUGAACAAAGGUCAGAAUGAAACCAAGGAGGAGCCCGACUGGACGGGAGACUGGCAGGUCAAAGCUGCGGCACGAAUGAUGUCGAUCCUUUUCGCAGCCAACAACAUUUGGCAAGGGAAGCGCCGGGACCCCGGCUUUGCCCAUAUCAACACCCACCUGGAUGGCGGCGAGCUCUCGCCAGCAGCGAAGGCGAAACGUAGUGGCCAGCUACUGCAUACUUCGAGCUUCUAUAACACUCUUCUCGAUUACCUCGAUAUGGUCGAGGACUUCAAGGAGUGGGAGAAGAAGCGAGAGAAAUUCACCUUCUGCCAAUACCCCCUCUUCAUUUCCAUCGGCACCAAAAUCAAGAUAUUGGAGUUCGAUGCUCAACGACAGAUGGCACUGAAGGCACGAGAAGCUUAUUUCGAUCAGAUAUUCCGCUCUCAAAGGAGUGAUGGUCACUUUCACUUGCGCGUCCGGCGGGAUUGCAUCGUCGAGGACAGUCUGCGACAGAUUAGCGAAGCAGUCGGCUCAGGGCAAGAAGAUCUCAAAAAGGGUAUGCGGGUCCACUUCGCAGGUGAAGAGGGUGUUGAUGCGGGAGGACCACGCAAGGAAUGGUUUCUCAUGCUUGUUCGUGAUAUUUUUGAUCCCAACCACGGAAUGUUUGUGUAUGACGACGACUCGAACACUUGCUACUUCAACCCAAGCUCGUUCGAAACAUCGGACCAAUAUCACCUAGUUGGUGUGCUGCUGGGGCUCGCUAUUUACAACAGCACCAUCUUAGAUGUUGCUCUUCCACCCUUCGCCUUCCGGAAGCUGCUCGCGGCGGCGCCAGCUUCCAUCACAGGAACUUCGAACCACAACGUCUCCUCGCUGACCGGUACCAAGGGACAAAUGACAUAUACGCUCCAAGAUCUUGCCGAAUUCCGGCCCUCUCUGGCAGCUGGUCUUCAACAGCUCCUUGACUAUGACGGCGAUGUUCAAGAGACUUACUGCCGAGAUUUUGUUGCCUCGAUCGAGCGUUAUGGCACCAUACAAAGUGUCCCUCUCGUCCCCAACGGCGAGAAUAUUGCAGUGACGAAUACGAAUCGCCGCGAGUUUGUCGACGCAUACGUGCGGUAUAUGCUGGACACUGCCGUAGCUCGCCAGUUUGAGCCCUUCAAGCGGGGGUUCUUCACCGUGUGUGCUGGAAAUGCAUUAUCCCUCUUUCGUGCUGAAGAGAUUGAGCUACUUAUUCGCGGUAGCGAUGAAGCUCUUGAUGUCGAUUCUCUGCGUGCAGUUGCGCAGUAUGAGAACUGGAGACAUUUCCAGCCCCCUCAUCCACUCAUUCUGAAUCCAGCAGAAGAAGCACCUGUGAUUGGGUGGUUUUGGGAGCUGUUUCGUGAAGCUUCUCCCGACAAGCAGAGAAAGCUCUUGACCUUCAUUACGGGGUCUGAUCGGAUACCAGCAGUGGGCGCAACGAGCUUGAUAUUGCGGAUACAGGCUGGCGGUGAUGGUUGGGGCGGCGGAGGUCGAGACGAACGGGAGAGGUUUCCGGUGGCGCGGACAUGUUUUAAUAUGUUGGUACUUUGGAGAUAUGACUAUCGGGAACAACUCGAGGAGAAGCUCUGGAGGGCUGUUGACGAGAGUGAGGGCUUUGGCUUGAAGUGAAGCGGUACACCCCUAAUGCACAAUGGUCUGGACUGGAUACAGGCCAGCAUUCAUUACAGCUACCAUACCUAGAAUCAUGUACGAAACGAGAGUCGAGAAUCUAUGGUGAUGAA